AUGGAGCUGGCCGGCGUGGAGCUCAGCUUCCGAGAGGAGCUGCAAUGCCCCAUCUGCCUGGAGGUGUUUGCGGACCCCGUCAUCCUGGGCUGCGGCCACAACUUCUGCCGCCCGUGUGUCCGCGGGUACUGGCAGCACCGGGCUCCGGCGCCCUGCUGCCCCGAGUGCCGGGAGCCGGUGGCCGCCGGCUCUCUGCGACCCAACCGGGCGGUGGCUCGGCUGAGCGAGGCGGCCCGGGCGCUGGCCGACCGGCACUGCGAGCAGCACGGCCUCCGCCUCCAGCUCUUCUGCCACACCGACCUCCGCCUCAUCUGCCUCCGCUGCCGGGACGGGCCGGGCCACCGGGAGCACCAGGCGAGCCCGGCCGGUGAAGCCGUCCAGUUCUACAAGGACAAGCUGCAGCUGGAGAUGGCGUCAGUCCGGGAUCGCUCGUCUGCUUUCAGCCGCCUCCUGUGUAAUGAGCACAACAAGGUCUCUGCAUUGAAGAGGAGCUCUGAGCAGCUGUUGCUUCACAUCAGGGAGCAGUUUGCACAGAUGCACGGCUUCCUGCAGGAAAGAGAGGAGAGCUUGUCUCGUGAGCUGGCUGAGCACGAGGACCACACUCUGCAGCAGAUCCAGGAGAACCUGCAGAAGGUCCAGGAAGGGCUGGAUUCGCUGGACGGUCGGCUGGAGGAGCUGAGGACCCAUCAGGCUCAGGAGAACGACAUUGAGUUCCUGAAGAUGGUGAGCAGCCUCAGGCCUGAUGACAUCCAGAUGCCCAGUGAAGUGUCUGCCGAGCUGCCCCUGGGGGUGUUCAAGGGACCCCUGCAGUAUAAGGUGUGGAGAGAGAUGAAGGACUUCAUCGGCCCAGUCCCUGCCUCCCUCACCCUGGACCUGAAUUCGGCACACCACAAACUCCUGGUCUCGGAGGACCUGACCCACGUGCGCCUCACUGACACCAGACAGCAGCCGCCCUCCGCCGACCGGUUCGACCCCUGCGUCAACGUCCUGGCCGCUCAGGGCUUCAGCUCCGGGAAGCACUACUGGGAGGUCGAGGUGGGCGCCAAGACGGCCUGGGACCUGGGAGUGGCCCGGGAGUCCGUCCAGAGGAAAGGCCGCCUGACCCUGUCACCCCUGGACGGCUACUGGACGGUGUGGCUGAGGAACGGAGAGGAGUACAAGGCGCUGGACUGGGCCGCGGUCCCUCUGCACCCCAGCGUCAAGCCCAGGAGGGUGGGCAUCUACCUAGACUAUGAGGAAGGCCAAGUGUCCUUCUACAAUGCCGACGACAUGUCCCACCUCUACACCUUCAAGGACACCUUCACCGAGAGGCUGUUCCCCUACUUCAGUCCGUACCUGAACUGUGCAGGGAAUGCGGGCGGCCUCACUCUGUGCAGAAUGAAGCUACCACUACGGACCCCUCCUCCGCAGCCGCAGAGGUUCGGCGGGCCUCUGGCGGUCCCAGGGAGCAGGGCAGAAGAUGGGGUAGAGCCUGUCGGUGGGGUCGACGGUCACCGUGCUGAGGUGCAGCUGUCUGUCAGCGUCGAAGAAGGAGAGGCGCCCUGGCUGGUGGAUCAGGUAGAGCCCCACCACUGUGGGCUCCUCGCUCAGCACCAGGGUCUGGCCCGGAGAGCCCACCGCCCGAUACUCCAUCUCACCGAGGCGGGACAGGGCCCAGAAGCUGAUCCCGGCCAGUCCCUCCACCCCAGCCUUCCUGUGGGCCUUCUCGCCGAGCAGGCCCAGCUCCCAGGCCGGGUUCCCGGCCACCUCCGCCUCCCAGUAGGCCCGGCCCGAGGAGAAGCCUCUGGAUGCCAGGACGCAGGGGCUGAGCUGCAGCCUGUUGGGGGUACUGGGGACCGGAUGGUGCAGGCUGUCCCCCACCACGCUGAUCAGGUCUUCCGACAGGGCGAGCCAGGGGUGACAGAGGUUGGGACCCCCUGGGCUGUCCAGUGCUGGACCUCCAGCCUGUACAGGCCUUCCUCGUCCGUUGUCUUGGUUACCGUCGACAGUGGCAACAGGCUCUUCCCCUCACUGUCCUUCCAGAUGAUGGCGGGUUCGGGAAACCAUCCUUCCGACCGGCACGUGCUCCUGUCGAAGGAUUCAACCCCGGACUCUGAGGAGAACUCCCAGUUCCCUGUUGUAACUGAUCCUCAGGACACAUGUUGUCCUGUCAUUCCCAAUCACAGCCUGCUCCCAGUUCAGCUUCAUCUUUACCUCCACAAAGCAAGGGAUUGCCAAGGUCACUCUUCACGGACACCUGGGACAGAGGAAAUCCAGAGGAAAUCCCCAUUAAACAGGACCCAAACCCUCCAGGACCUCUCCAUGGCACUGACUGGAAUCUGGGCCGCCAAAUCUCCCACGGGCGCGGAGCGGCUGCGGGAGGGGUCGGCGUUUGGAGAGUGGAUCGCCUUCCUCUCUCCUCAGACCUACGCCCUCGUUUUUGAUCCCCCUGCCAGGAGAAAAGAUUCUGACGGUCCAGCUUCUAACGUCACGCACCUCUACCAGGGCCCCCUUCAUCCCAGGGAUAACAAGCCCACCCUGCCCGAUCUCUUCCCAUCACUAAAGUCCUCCAAUCGGGGCAACAUCCCGGUCGAUCUCCUGGGAUAUCACAACGGACAGUGCCCAGGCGGCGCUGUCUGGAUGCUCCCGGCGUACCGCAGAGGGAUCCUGUCAGGAUUGUGGGAUGAGGUGGGUGUGCCACCUAGGAUGGUGUGCCUGACCCUGGGAGGUGGUGGGACCCAGCCACGUCCCGAGUGUGACUUACCCACCACGCUAAGGUCCAUCACCACCGAGCUGGUGUGGGUUCCGGAGAAGACGGUGCACUGGUACCUCCCUGCAUCGGAGGCCCGGAUCCCCUCCAGUCUGACCGACACGUUCCCGGCCUCCAGCUGGUCACCGAAGAGACAGUCGGGCCGGGGACUGCGGGGCUCCGGGCGAGGUUGGCGGACUGACAGCCGGGUUUGGGGACACGGGCGAGGAGACCAGCGGGAACUCACCCGCCGCCUGGUUCGGCAGACCCACCGCGUUCAUCCCGGGAAGCUGCGAGCGCUGAUAACUGCCCAGUCACCGGCUCCGACCCGCACACCGGCUCCGAUCACCGACUUCCUCAUCCAACGACCCGCCCACAGAGUGUUUGCAGGUUAUGUGAAACCCCCAGAGUACACAGUUAUGUUCCAGCCCCUGACAUCCCGGCUGUUCAGUUUCUGCAUUGUCUUUAAUCGAACCCCUCGGGUAGAUUUGAACCCGAACGUGUCCGGCCAGAGCUGCAUGCACCAUGGGAGGUGUCUUACUCUCCGGCCGCCGCCGACGCCAGUGUUUCAGUCACACUGUCACUGCAGAAGACGAGGCGAAGCCACGCCGGAGCCAGGAAGGAGUGACUGCAGGAGGGGUUGGGAUGCGGACGUCAGUUCACGGCGGCGAGCUGGGAAGCGAUGGGGGGCAGAGAGGGUGGCAGGGACUCCGCCGGCCGGGCGGCGUCGGGUGAAAGCGAGCGGAGGUUCGGGGCGGCGGGGGACGUCCACCCCCGGCCGGGACUAUGUCCUGCUCCCUCUGUCCCGGCGCCCGGACUGCGGCCACGGUUACUGCCUGCCCUGCACCUCCAGCGCCCGGGGUGUCCGAGGAACGGAGCCCAGGGCAGAGGUCCGGCGCCGCCCGGCCGCUGUGGAGGGGGAGCCGGCCGGUCCCCGAGGAGUAUUCGUUUCGGACCUCGCCCACACCCCUGGCUCGACACAUCAAUUACCCCCUCUGGUCUCUCAGGGAGCCCACUCUCUCCCUGGCUCUCCUCUUGCUCCUGACACGCUUGUAGAAUGUCUUGGGAUUCUCCUUAAUCCUACUUGUCAAAGAUAUUUCAUGGCCGCUUGUUGUGCCCCUAAGUUCUUCCCUACACCCUAUAUAUUCCUCGAAACCCACUCUAUUCCAGUUUCCUAUACCUGUUACGUGUUUCCUUUUAUUCCUGAUCAAACCUUCAAUAACCCUUCAAGUUCUACCCUUAUUAACAGGUAUAUUUUACACACAAUGGUCACACUGAGGGAGACCUGGGGCAGACUGAAGGAGAUGCAGAAAGCCUGUGCCAGGGCCCAGCUUAAACAGAAGUGGCGCAUCGCUGAGGUGGAGAGAGCCUUUGUGACUGAGAUGGACCAGGUCAGACUCUGCUUUGCUGAAAUGGCGCAGCUCCUGAGAGGAAAAGCUAAAGGUGUGGCGGACAGACUGGAAGAAAAGAAGCAGAACGUUUUGAAAAGGAUGGAACUAAGACUGGUAGAGAUCCAGGAAAGUCUGACCCACAUCGGAGCAGAAGUGGCGAAGGCAGAAGCCCUGCUGCAGGAGGACGACAACUUCAGGUCCCUGCAGGGAUUUUCAGAGCUAAGGUAUCCACAAAAUUUGAGGCCGCUCGACGACAUAUCUGAAGGUCUCUCCCUGAACUUAUCGAAAGACCUUUUAAAGUACAGUGUGUGGAAAGAAUUGAGAGAUAUCUUCAGACCAGGCUCCGACAGGCUGACCCUGAAUCCUGCCACCGCGAGCCCGUGGCUGAUGUUAUCCGUGGACCUGACCAGUGUGGGGCACGGAGCCAAGAGGCGCCAACUGCCCGAUGACCCGCGGAGGUUUGACCCCAGCCCCUGCGUCCUUGCCCUCGACGGGUUCGUCACCGGGAGGCACUACUGGGAGGUGAGGGUGGGCCACAACACCUCCUGGACCCUGGGUGUGGUGAGUGAGUCGGCUAACAGGAAGGGGGACAUCGUCCUGUCACCCGCCAACGGGUACUGGACCCUGGGCCUCAGGGACGGAGUGAAGUACGAGACCUUCCCCACCACGUUGGAUGAGCUCCCCCUGGACCUGAAGCCUCAGGUGAUCGGAGUUUACUUGGAUUAUGAGGGAGGCCAGGUGUCCUUUUACAACGCCGAAGGGAUGUCCCAUCUCCACACCUACAGUGACAAGUUCACCCAGAAGCUCUUCCCUUUCUUCAGCCCCGGGCCGAAUGUGGGUGGCAGGGACUCCGAGCCGCUCCAGCUGCUGCGCGCCUCCGCUGGAGUUCCCGGCCCUGCCGGCCAGUCGGACCCUGAGCCUGGGGAUGCCACCGUCGGGGCCCCGUCCAGUAACCGCGGGGACCUGCAGCUGGACUGGCGCUGGACCUGGCUCUGCUUCACCCUGCUGGUCUCCCUGGCCGCUGCCCAGCCAGGCAGAGCCAACUUCACUGAGGUGUACUUGGUCUGCUGCGCUAUGCUGGGAUUUUCCAGCCUGUGCUGGUCCCUGCUGGGUCGACAGAGGCUGGCUGGGAUCUCCUGGGUGCACUGUGGCGUGCUGGGCCAUGCUGGGCUCUCUUGCUUCCUGCUGGCUUGUGCUGGGCUCCCUGGGAUCUGCUUGGUUGCACUGAGCUUUGGUGGAUUGUGCCUGUCUCUGAGGGGUUACGUGCUUCCUUCCUGGCUGCUGCUGAGCUUUGGGGGCUCCGUUGGACUCUUGUGGUUAUUGGACAAUGGUGUAUGGAUCUGGUGGGUCUGCUGUGGUGUGCUGGGACACGCCAGCACAUGCUUGUCACUGCUGGGCUGUUGCAAUGUCUCGAAGGUCUGCUGGUGGUGUUGUGGCAUCCAGGGUUAUGUCGGCUUGUGCCUUGUCCUGCUGUGCUCUUCUCCGUUCUUGGGCAUAUUCUGGAUCGCAUCAGGUGUCGUUGGCUUGAACUUGACCUUGAGGGUCUCCAUCCAGAACCCGUGGGCUGUGGCAGGCUUGCUGGCCUACAACGCAGUGUGGUGUGCGCUGGUGGGCAACGCGGAGCUCUCUGCGGUCGCUCUGGGCAUUGCCACCGUGUCGUGGUGGCAGUGGUCUCGUCCUCGCAGCUGCUGAUCCGCCGCUACGGAGCCUGAUAAUGUUUCACGAACGGCGUUUCCCAGUUCAUUUCAGCCAGUGGUGUGUGCCAUAAAAGUCAAAGUCGAAUUUAUUGCCGUAGGCAUAGGUGCAAUGAAAAACUUACUUGCAGCAGCAUCACAGGCACAGAGUAUCAGAUAAGCAGCAUUCACAAGAUAAACAUACAUUAAUCAGAAUAAGAUUUAUUAUCACUGAUUAAUACAAUGUGAAAUGUGUUGUUUUGCGGCAGCAGUACAGUGCAAAGACAAUUACUGUAAAUUUCAAAAAUAGUGCACAAAAAAAAGGAAUAACGAGGUAGUGUUCAUGGGUUCACAGAUUGUUCAGAAAUCUCAUGGUGGAGGGGAGGAAGCUGUUCCUGAAACGUUGAGUGUGGGUCUUCAGGCUCCUGUACCUCCUCCCCGAUGGUAGUAACGAGAGGAGGGUAUGUCCCAGGUGGUGGGGGUCCUUGGUGAUGGAUGCUGCCUUCCUGAGGCACCGCCUCUUGAAGAUGUCCUCGAUGGUGGGGAGGGUUGUGCCCGUGAUGGAGCUGGCUGAGUCUACAACCCCCUGCAGCCUCUUGCGAUCCUGUGCAUUGGAGCCUCCACACCAGGCAGUGAUGCAACCGGUCAGAAUGCUCCCCACUGUACAUCUGUGGAAAUCUGUCAGAGUCUUUCGUGAUGUACUGAAUCUCCUCAAACUCCAAAUGAAGUAAAUUAAACAUAAAUUAUACACAAUUUUUACAAGAAAGAACACAAAAGUAAAAAAAACAAAGUCCAUUUGAGUGUUAAAGCUUGCAGAAACCCGAGGUGUUCUUGGACCCCCGCCCUGGAGACUGACCUUGCACUUCACCUUCCAGGACCCUCACCUUCCAGGACCCUCCCCUUCCCUUUGCCUGAAGUCAGUUUGCUGCUCUCUCCCUUCCUCAACAGUCACGCGAUCCCUGACAACCGGCUGCAACUUUUGGCAGACGGUUUACUAAAUGAAGCUGCGUGUCUUGGAGAAAUGAUGGAAUCGCAAAAGGAUUUUACGCCUUUCUAGCCUUCGAGCGGUUCGAAUCUUUGGACUAUUCCACUCCUCUGUUGUGCCAGAGGUAACAAGGAGGGAGAGAGCUGCAGAGGUUUGCACAAGAAGCCUGGGCUGAAGCUAACACGUGAAUCUCCGCGGCCCCGUCCGACCGGGUACUCCCCGUGUCCAACCGAGAAUCGAGCUGCGCGGACUGGAUCGACCCACAACACUGCGUGUACUGACCUCCACUCCCUCCCAGCCGAGAACACCUCAUCUCCGAUUCCUCCACAUCCUCGCCUCUCCAUAAUCCCCUCCGGCCUGAUGACCGUCCGAGUUACUUCCAGGAACAUCGGAAACAGAAGGAGCUCCAAGGCCGACCCCACCUUGGUCUCUGCACCAUCCUCCUGCUCUCUCCCCGUGCCCCUCGGUUGCCCUUGGAGAUUGAAUUAUCUGUGUUCUAAGUUGCUGUUACUGAAGAGCUCUGAGGUAGCCUGCGUGUUCAGAUGUUGGCGUCGAGAGCUGACUCCAGCUGCCCACCAGCUUGACGUGAGAGGUGGAAAUUUCAGGGCGGCCCACGUCACCAGCAGGCAGGUCCCAGAGAGAAGCCACAGGGGUCUCGAUGGUGCAGACCGGGAGAUGGGGACGCAGUGGGUGGCACUGGUCCCACUGGAGAGAGAGGGGCGGGAUUACCACACAUGAAUUCCUCUAGGACAUGGUCUGAAGCUGGGCAAGGGGGUGGAUUGAAGUGGGGAGCUGGAACCAAAGGACGAUGAGUCCACACAGGAGGGGACUGCUCAACAGGUCAAGACUGCUGUUGGAUUCGGGUUUAAGUUGCUACCUAAGUUGUUGAUUUUCUUGUAAGCUUAACUUUCUUUAUGCUUGGUUAUAUGUUUGUAUAAUCACCUGUAAAUGUCAGUAGAUUUUUAGUAAUUUGUAGUAUAGUUGGUUUGUACUUCUGUAGUUUCUUUGUAAGUCUGAGGUCAUGCAGUGUAAAUCAAGCCUGUGGUCUCACAAGCUGUUCUUAUCAGGGGAGACUCCAUUCGUCUAUCCAGCUUUAACCAUUUUUCAGUACAAAGAAAGACCAUGAGACAGGUUCUCGUUAGUUAGAGUUAGUUACUCCUGGUUACUUAGUCGCUGUACAUUACUUUGUUAUGAAUGUCUAAUAAAUGCUGUAACCACAAGACUUGAGGCCUCAUUCUUGACUUCCAAAGUACCUUCUGGACAACGUCAUCUCCGGAUCCAACAGCUUGGCAUAGUUGGCAGA